AUGAGUCUGGAUUAUACUGACCUUUUUCAAGGACUCGGCUCCGUGGUUCAAAGGUACCACGUUGGCGGUGCGAUGGACGCACCUUGGUUUGUAUCGCCGUCGUCGUGGGGCCAUGUUUCGACUACAUCCCGUCCUCGCAUUCGUACGUUGACCUUCAUGGCCGCAGGGGCGAGUGGAGCAUGUCCACAACGCAUGGGAUCGACACGCCCGUCCGUGGGGACAACACCGACUGAGCCAGAGUGCUCGUCCUGGUCACUCGACUGGUUCGAUGCUGGGCGUCGUCAUCGCCUCGCCAAGCAGCGCAUGGGGACGAGACUCCUGCAGCCGCGGCACAGCCGACCCGCCGCCGCCAGCACUGACGUGACCUCAGAAGACGUGCGAUUCGAGCCAGUUUGUCGUUACAUUUCUCAUCGUUCUCCGAAUGUUCCGUCGAAAUUUCCGACUUUGACAUUGCAAUUGUCACAUAUCUGUCCGCGCCGCGCCAUGACGCGAUCGCAUUCGUUGCCUCGGUGGAGAUGCCAUCGUGAGUGUUCCGGGCCGUGUUCAAGGGCGAGGUGGCAUGCACGCAUCCCGACGAACGGCGGCGGCGGUGGGCUCGAACGAAUCGACUGUAUCACAUUGUGUAGAAAUGUGACGGCACCACCUCUCUGGACACAACUCGCCCGAGACACGGCCGGAUGGACAGCGGACCUCUGCAGCACCGACGCCGGUCCCGUCCAGUCGAGUGCUCGCUUGCGCCAAGGCACGCCGGCGCUGCAACCUGAACGCCUUCCAUCCCAAUCGGUCGACACCAUGUAA